GUGGCCAAAGUCCACUGUCAGCAGAAGGCUGAAACUCCACCGUGCUUACUGCCUCGCUGGAGCUACCAGUCAGUUUUAAAUUAUCUUUACUGUAAACAUGAUGGAGAUUCCAGUAUUUACAGUGGACGCCUUCACUAAUUUACCAUUCAAGGGAAACCCUGCAGCAGUAUGCCCACUAAUGCACGAGCUGAGUGAUGAGUUGUAUCAGAAGCUCGCGGCAGAGAUGAACCUGUCAGAAACUGUUUUCAUCACCACAAUCAACCCCUCUGACACUUUCUCUACAGGAUCAAGGUUCCGUCUCAGAUGGUUUACACCGACCACUGAAGUGAAUCUGUGUGGUCACGCUACUCUGGCCUCCGCUGCAGUGCUGUUCCAGCACAAGAAGAAUGUGAAUCCUGUAGUGGUGUUUGAGACAAGGAGUGGAGAUCUGGCGGUCACCAAGCAGAGCAAGGGCUACGUCAUGGACUUUCCUCUCAACCCACCCACCCAGGAGGAUCCGAGUGAGUUCAGAGACAUCAUAGAGGCAGCAGUUGGAAACCACCCAGUUCAUGAUGUUUGUAUGAGCGACAACACUAAGAAACUGAUGGUUCGACUGGCUGACAGCUGUGACAGGUCAGUUUUAACCAGUCUGAAAGUCGACCCUGUCACUCUUCAGAGAAGUGAGAAGAGUGGAAGAGUCAAAGGACUCAUUGUCACCAUGAAAGGGUCUCCAGACUGCCAGUCAGGACACGACUUCUACUCCAGAUACUUUGCUCCAUGGAAUGGAAUCCCUGAGGAUCCCGUCACAGGUUCCGCUCACACCGUCCUCGGAAGCUACUGGUCUAAGAAACUGGGGAAGAAGAAAAUGCUGGCUUACCAGUGCUCCAGUCGAGGUGGGGAGCUGGAACUGGAGGUGAGAGAUGAUGGGAGAAUCAACAUCGCUGGACAAGCCGUCACUAUUCUGCAGGGAACCAUCACACUGUAGUUACACAAACACUCACGCAAAGAGGGUUGGAGAUGCUGAAACAGUCAACUUGUUCCUGAGAGUAGAGGAGGAGACGGGAAACAACAUACAAGAAAGAAAACUUCAUACACUUUGUUAGGAUUUGUAUUAUUUAUUAAUAUAUCACAAAAGAAAAAUCACAAUAUUACACAAACAAAACAUGGAAUAUCAGAGAUUGGGCUGGAAGAAAACCAGAUCAAUCGAAGAAUUGCAGCUCGCCAGGUCAUCAGGAUGUUAUCUGAAUCAUUUUGCUAGUUGUAUUAAAAAAAAGAAAUUUAAUUAAUCCCAUAAAUUGUAUUUUUCCCUUCUAAUUCAGAGUUAUAACAGUAAGGAUAUCAUGUAGUAUCCACUGAAAUAAUGCAGUCUGUGUGCAGCCUUAGAUUACACAAAGGAAUUGAAAUAACUCAAAGUCUUGGCUUUACUUUAUUAAUGCUGUAACUAACAAUAUGAAUGAAAUGAAAUGAGAAAUUAUUUUAAGAACAGCUGGAUUUAUAACUCAGGCAGUUGAUGACUGGUGAUGCUCAUUCACAGAAUAAAACAAUAGUUCAAGUAUGUAUGAGGUCCGGUGUUCAACAGUUUAUACACUAAAUAAAAUAAAAUACACAUCAUUACCUCGUC